UGCGAACAUUUGUCAGUCCGCUUUGAAAAUGGCUCAAUUUGAAGGAAGCUGGAUGCUGGUGGAGAGCCAGAAUUUCGGUGCGCUCUUGGAGCGUCUCGGUAGGUUCGCGACUAUUUGUGCCUGGUUUUACUGAUUGACACAGGAAUUUGGAGGACUGUUCGGAAAAUGUCGGCAGCCACAAAUCACUACAUGACGAUAAAAUUCAUCGCGCCCGAUCAGAUGACUGUGAUCAAUAAGUCCAGUCUCUGUGAAGUUAAGUACACCUUCAAAUUUGGCGAGGAGUUUGAAUAUGACGAUGCUACCGGGCGAAGAGUAACGGCGGUUUUUGAACUUGCCAGCCCAAACAAACUAAUUGAGAAACAACGACUCCCUCAUACUACACUGGAAAUCGUUCGGGAGGUGUUUGGGGAUACAAUAUUCAUGAUACCUAGUUGUAGCAUUGUACCUCUUCAAGAGGAAUUAACUUCUUUAGAAGCAGGUGGAGAUUUCGUCCUGCAUCAUCAGAUUACUUUAUUCCUUCUGGAUAUACAAUGGUCUAAUAUGUUCACCAUCGGUGUCCGGGAUGAUGUCAAUUCCGAUCGGCAAUCUUUGGAAUGA